AUGCGGGCCCUUUUCUUGCUCCUCCUGCUGUUCGCAGCCAUAUGCCCGGCUCUCCCGGAGCGAAUCUACGUAGCUGACAUCCGCGGGUACUUCCCGGACGCCGACGGUAACCCUAUCCACCGUCCGGACGGGCAGUCAUGCGUGUCCACCUGUCAGCAGAACCUCCUGCCGGGCGGAGCCACCCCGCCCAACGUUAUCACGGCGUGCCAGCGCUCGUGCGCGUACAACCGGACCGUGCUCUCGCAGCUGGACCGGGGCACCUCCUUUCAACAGGAAAUCGCGCCGGACACGCUCUACGGGCAGGGGCUGUUCGAUUCGACCCCCUACUCGCUCAUGACGAUCAACUUCCUGCGCGAGAUCCUCUACACGUACGUCCCAGGUCGCGGACGUAUGCCGGACUGGCAGUGCUUCAGGCUCAAUAGAGGAAGCGGGUGUGGCUACAGACCGGGCGACCCCAACCCCUGGGGGCUCCGGCGCAUCGACCUGCGCACAGGACAGCAUCUCCCGCCCCCGCGACCCACGGAGACAGUCGCUGGCUCCGGGAUCUUCGCGGGCGGGAUGCAGUACGCGCCCAUUCAGAUGGAGUACGACCUCUUCUCGAGCUCCCUCCUCAUUCUGGCCCACGGGUACCCCGUAGCGGACCCGGCACUGGGCGACCGCGGACAACGCGUCCUCUCCUUCCUCGCCGUGAACGAGACGACGGGCGCGGCCAUCGACCAGACGGGCCCGCGCCUCUCGGGAAUCGGCCCCUGGACGGUGACGUUCUGCAAGGCCUGCCGGUACCGCCCACAGGACUUUGGCGGCCCGCAGCUGCUUUACGACUACACCGACACCGUUGGGUCGGCGUACACGUGGGACCAGCUCGACCAGACGUUCUACACGGUGCUCUGGGACCCCGUCGUGGGCGACGCCUCGCGCACGCUCUUCGCGAUCCGCCGCAAGACGGACUUCACGCUCUCCGACCCCACACAGAACGUAUUUUCGAUCAAGGUCGAGUGGCCGGCGUUCAAGUACUACAAGUGGCCCGACGAGCUGCAGAUCGCGACGUCGCUCGAGUUCUCCCCGCGCAUGACCGAGCAGCUGCCGACCGUCGCCGGCGGCGAGGCGUCGUUCGGGCCCAUCGCCUCGGCGCAGAACCAGAAGUACCUCACCGCGGUCGUGAACCUGAAGGAACCGUCCGGGCCGUGCGCGCCCGCGAUCAACCCGGGCGGCCGCGGCCUCAAGUGCGGCCACCGGCUCACCGCCGACGAGGUGGCGCAGCACAACAUCUGGGUGGACACGGCCAAGUCGUACAUGGGGUUCCUCGAGCCCACGAACCCGCACGUGUGCCUGUGCCCCGCCGCGGCGGUCCGCAUCAACAUCGACGUCGCAGACGAGCUCCUCGUCGCCGGGGAGCAGACGGACAACCAAGGCAACACCGGCACGCAGCUCCAGGUGCUCGGCAACGUCUUCCUGGACCCGAGCGCCGCGCCGUACACCGUCCUCGAGUACCUGGACGCCAAGUACCCCGCGGAGGUGACGCCGCAGGGUGGGCGCAAGGCGUCGCAGGACGCGUUUACGCCCAACCAGCCGACGCCGUACCUCGCGCCGUUCGUGUCGACCUUCUUCGCGAUGGCGCCGAUCGACCCGAGCGCGGGGGGCAACCAGGUGACCGGCGAGCAGCAGGCGCGGUCGUACCAGGUCGACGUGCCCUUGGACUCGUAUGGAAAGCCGUACCAAACGGCGUCGCCCGUGGUGUCCGGCGCGAACGGGUACCGGCUCACGGACUUCACGAUCGGGACGGACGUGAUCCGCACGAACCGCGUGACGCAGCGCCGGCAGCUCCCGCACCUGCCCGUGUUUUUGUUCUCGGACGACAAGUACUCGCUGGCGAUCCGGGACCAGCUCGCGACGUUCUUCUUCGUCACGACGUCGGGCCCGAAGUCCUACCUCGACUCGCCGUACGGCCUCGAGCGCUCCGAGCUCACGUGCCCCUUCAAGCCCAUCACGUGCGCCCAGUGCCGUACCAACAUCCAGAACGAGCUCGAGGCCGUGGCGUUCCCGGACGGCCUCCAGGCGUUCCAGUCGGACACCGCGCUGCGGCUCUUCUGGCAGGGCUCGAGUCAGUUCCUGACCAAGUAUCCCAGCCUCUUCACGCAAGACCCGCAGCAGUUCGACCGCUCGGGCGCGCCGCUCCCGACGUCGUUCUCGUUCAACUGCCCGGAGACGUGCGACCGGUACAGCUGCGACCAGUGCGUCGCGCUCUUCGGGCUCGAGUGCAAGGCCUACGUCUUCGCAGGCGAGGAAUCGAGUUUGAAGAUCACCGCCAUUACGCUCUUCGGGUCCCAGUCGCGCACGAAGACCGACGUCUUCGUCGGAUCGUUCUCCGCGUCCAACUUCACCAACGUCGACAACCCCGCCGCGCUCCCCGCGCAGCCCUUCACCGCGGGCCCCGUCUUCCGCACCAGCCAGGACGUCAACGGCAACCCCGUUGUUGGCGGAACGAUCCCCGCGCCGACCGACACGGCCGCGCUGCUGUCCGCGGGGUGGGGGUACCCGAACAUCUGGGACGCGUCCACGUUCCCGCGCCCGACGGGCGCGGUCCUGCCGGACGGCGUGAGCACCGCUCCGGAGUGCGCACCGACGAGCCUGUACCCGACCGGGCGGUGCAACCGGUUCAUCGUGCGGCCGCGGUCGAUCGGGUCCACGGGGGGCGUGUACCGGCUGGCCCUGGGGGUCGACCUGAUCGGGAAUUAUACCCUCGACGUGACGUUUCGGGGCUCCCCGGAGGAGUAUAACGAGGACGGGACGCCGAACGUGGGCGUGCCGAUCCGCGGGAGCCCGUUCCGGCUCACGGUCCUCCCCGGCCGCGUGGACUCGCGGCAGUCGCGUCUGCACGGCACGGGCGUGACGGCGGCGACGGUGGGCGUUACGACGUCCUUCACCGCCACGCUCCGCGACCGCUACGGCAACGAGCUCCUCCCGCCGAGCUUCGCGCUCAACAUCUUCCCGUACGUCCUGCGCACGCGGCUCGUCGGCGGCGGCGCCACCAUCGUCGCCGACGCCGAGUGCACCCUCAGCGCAGCGCAGGGCACGGGGCUCGUGUGCCGCGCCGUCCCUGGCUCCAACCCCACGUCCACGAGCGACCCGGCGGGCCUCACGUCGUGGGCGGAGUUCCUGCCGCCGGCGGACCCGCGCGUGGACCGCAGGUGGACUGUCCGCUACUUCCCAACGCGCCGCAACAGGCUGGAUCCUACUCUCGUGGUGAACCUGGAGGUGCAGGGCGCGGCGCUGCCGACGCCGUACACGGUGCCGCUCGCGCAGGGCGUGACGUCGGCGGUCACGUCGUUUCCGCUGGAGUCGGGCAACGACGUGGGGCUGGGGCUGUCGGCGGCGGCGUUGAUCGCGGGGCGGUCCUUCUCGUUCACGAUCCAGGCCGUGGACCGGUUCGGGAACAGGCAGAGCGACGACGUCGGCGACAAGUUCGGCGCCGUCAUCACGGACUCGUUCCAGAACUGCGCGGCGGUGCUCAGCAACUCGACGGCGGCGGAGACGGCAGCGCUGCACCCCACGUGCACGCAGCAGCCGGCCGCGACGCUCGUCCCGUCGGUCAACGUCACCUUCGCCGGCGACGGACGCUACGUCGUCACGUACACGGUGUUCCGUGCCGGCCCUACGCGCCUGAACGUUGUUCUCGGCGCAUUGCAGCUCAAGCUGCCGGACGGCGCGCCUGCCGGGGUGAGCUACCCGCUGGAGCUCACGAUCGUCGCGGGCCCGACGAGCCCCGCGCACUGCACGCUCGAGACGCCCGGCGUGCGCCGCGCGGGCGUGCUGCAGCAGAUCGAGUACGUGUUGCAGGCGCGUGACCGCUUCGGCAACGCCAAGGACCAGCUCGAGCCGGCAUACCUCAGCCUGACGCAGCAGUUCCCUCCGCUGCUCGAGGUGCUCUACCAGGAGACGUGCGUGGGCGCGCUGGGCUCCGCGCCCUGCGAGGGCGUCCCGGCGCGGGUGCUCUCCGGCGUGCUGCUCAACGAAGUGCCCGCGCAGCGCAGCUCGGGGUCCCUCGGGACGUACGACGACAUCACCGGCGAGGUCGCGUUCGUGUACAGCGUCGGGUCGCCCGGCAACGGCCGGUUCACGCUCACGUUUGAGACGAACCUGGCGGGGAGGUUCCAGAUGCAGUUCUCGCUGCGCGCGGCGCUGGACAGCGGCCUGCUCGGCGCCUCGGGCUUCAUCACGGGCGCGGACGGCGCCCCGGGCACCGGGACCUUCGCCGCGACGGCGCCCGUGCGUUCGCCGCACAUUCUGGUCCUCGCGCCUCUGACCGUGCCGCCGGUGUUCGUGGAGCUGCUGUCUCUGCGCAACCGCACGGACUUGCCGCUGACGCUCUUCAGCACGAACGAGGGCGUCACGCACGCCAUCCGUCCGACGCCGACGCUCGCCGUGGAGAGCAGCACAACCAUCCGGGGGUCGGUCGGCGAAGCCGCGACGGUAUACCUGCAGCGCCGCGACAAGUUCGGCAACGCCGUGCCGCAGCCGUUCGCGUCCAUCGAGGUCUCCAUCAUCGGCACCUCGAGCGGCAACAUCGUGCGGCUCGGGUUCCCCCCGUCGUCGCCCAACGCGCCGGUGGUCACGCACCUGGGCCGCGGGCUCUACGAGAUCAAGUACUCCACGACCGUCUCCGCGGACUUCUCCGUCGGGAUCUUCGCGGACGGCCUCGAGACCUUCGUCCCGGACGCCACGGCGUUCCCCGUCGAGCUUGUGCCGUCGGGCGGGCGCUUCCAGCUCACCGUGGAGCCCGGCCCGGCCUCGGUGGCCAACACGGGCGCGUACGGCCCGGGCCUCAUCGGCGCGCGCGUCGACAAGGGCGAGACGACGAUCUUCAUCGAGCCCCGCGACCAAUUCGGCAACCGCAUCAACCUCGUCGACGGCGACGCCGACUCCCUCGCGCUGGCGGCGCGGUUCCAGCUGUACCUCCGCCGCUGCACGUCGGUCGUCUUCUCGGACGCGAACUGCCCGGGCCUGUGGGUCACCGGCUCGCAGGACCCGUCGUUCGUCAUCAUCAAAGACGUCGUCGUCGAAAACGGUCUGCUGGUCGCGAGGUACCAGCCGACGGGCGGGGACGCGUUCGUGGCCGUCGAGGUCCGCCUGGACGGCGUGCCGGUCACCGGCGACACGGACGUCCCCGCGAUCUCGCCCGCGGGGGCCUUUUUGAAGAUGGUCCCCCAGGGGGGGUUUGAGCCCAGCCGCGUCAUGAUCCGCUUCGCGUCGGGCGUGGGCACGCCGAACCCCGCGCAGUCCAAGCUCUUCCUCCUCAACAAGAUCCUGAUGCCCAGGCCGGUCAUCCGCACCGAGGUUGGCACGCGCCAAAGCCUGCUUCUGCAGCCCUUUGACCAGGACGGGAUCCCCGUGAACGAACCAGGCACGCUCCGCGUGCUCGACGUGGAGCUGUACUACCUGGCGUCGCUCCAGGACGGCCGCCCGGCCACCGCGACCCUCCCGCAGACGCCGGACUACUCCGCGACGCUCAUCGCGGACUCCAGUCUCUUCCUGGUGAACGCCAACGGCACGUACGGCUUCGACUCCGGCCCGGUCUUGGACUACGACACCUCCACGGGCCAGGCGUCCACGGGGAUCGUGCGUUCCGGGUGGUACGCGCUCAUCGUGCGCAUCCAGGCGACCACGUCCCUCCUCCCCGCGGCGCCGAUCGCAAGCAUGCCGUUCACCGGCCUGCGGUUCGCCCCUGGGCCCACGGACGUCGCCCGCUGCGAGGUCCUCCACCAGAUCGCGUCCUCCGGGGCGCAGCUGCGCGUCCUCGAAAACACCCCCACCUCGAACCCGGACCUGUACACGGUCCUGGACAGCAUCCCUCACUUCACGGUGUCGGCGGGGGAGGUGGUCGAGGUGGUCGUGCGGGCGCGCGACUCGUUCAACAACCUCGCGUUCUGGGACGAGCUCCAGGGCGGCGACCCGUUCGAGGCCGCGAUGACGCCCCUCGGCGCAAGCUUCGGCGCCCUGCAGGGCAACCUGACGGACUUCCGCACCGGCACGUACCUCUUCCGGUUCAACACCGCCCUCUCGGCGCGGUUCCGCCUCGUCCUCAGCCUGCGCGGGCAGGUGCUCUCCGGCUCGGACGGGUCGCCCGGCGGCAGCGCGACGUUCGCGGAUGCCCAGGGGCUGAAGUACGUGCCCGUCUUCGUGCGCCCGGGCCCGCUUCACGUGCCGAGCACGCGCGCGGUGACGACGCUCGGGCAGCGCGCGCUCAACACGACGCAGCCGGAGGUCGGCACGGUCUUCUCGAUCACGGUCAUCGAGCGGGACGUCUUCGGCAACGACCGCACCGAGGCCACGCUGGACGCGCAGGGCCUCCCCGUGCGGUUCGUGGUCGAGGUGAACGUGCCGGGGAAGCCGCUGUACGGCCUGAAUCCGUCCGGGCAGGUCACCGCGGACGGCGCGACGGUGUCGCAGCCGGUGUACUCGGUGACGGCGACGUCGCCGCAGCACAUCUUGCGCUUCCUCGUGGGCGGCACGUCGCCGCCGUUCCUGUCCGGGCCCGCGACGCUGCGCGUCACGCUCGGCGGCGUGGACAUCCGCGGCUCGCCGUUCGCGAUGGUGUUCACCGCGGGGCCGUUUACGUUUACGCAGUGCGACGCGUACGGCCCGGGCGUCAACAUCGACAACCUGCUGCCGGGCGUGACGACGGCCGCGGGCAUCUCGACGAGCGUCUUCCUGCAGCCGCGCGACAAGUACGGCAACAAGAUCCUCGUCUCCGGCCAGAGCCUGUCGCUGCAGCUCGACCCCAUCUCUGGGGGGCUGGUGGCGGCAGCGGAAUCGACGUUCGACGACGCGCUGAAGCUGUACAAGAUGACGUAUACCGCGCUGUCGAACGACACGUUCUCGCUCAACAUCAAGCACGGCGGCAUCCCGCUCGCGACGGAGCGCUUUUUGUACCAGAACAAGCAGGGCGUGAUCGAGCCGCGGCCGGCGGGGGGGUACUCCCAGGACAAGAUCCGCACGCAGUUCCCGGUCCCGACGGGCGUCGCGACGCUGACGGAGGGCGUGGUGAUCAACGUGUCGCCCGGGCCGCUCAGCCCCACGGAGACGUACGCGGUGGACCGCGACGCCACGAAGCCGUUCCCGACGAUCCGCGGCGGGGCGCGCGUGGCCGAGACGUACACGGACGACAACCUGCGUUUCUCCAUCAAGGCGAUCGACAUCUUCGGGAAACGCAAGACGGACGUCGGGCAGGGCACGUCGUUCUACACAGAGCUGCGGUGGGUGCGGGACCUCAACGGGAACCCGUCGGCGACGAAUCCGUUCGCGGGGAUCGACGCAACGGAGGCCACGUUCUACACGCUGCGCAGCGACAACGCCACGGGCACGUCGUACUGGUUCCGGGUCGUCCCGGUGCAGCAGGAGGCCGGGACCGAGUUCCACCACUCCGUUCCGUCGCUGCCGCUGGUCGCGGCGGGGUUCUACGAGCUGCACGCGUUCUUCGACGACGGCCUGGGCAACAUCACGCCGCUCGGGUUCGGCGACGUCGCGUCGCCGUACAUCUUCAAGGUCAACACCGGGCUGUCGGACGGUCAGACCAGCAGCGCGGCCCCGGGGCGGCGGUCCGCGCGCCGGCUCGCGCGGUCGCUCAAGCAGGCCGCGGCCUCCACGCGCAUCGUCGCCGCGGGCGUCCGCGAGAGCAUCACGCUCUCCCUCCGCGACCGCUUUGGCAACGCGCAGUCCUUCGACUCCUUCCGGCGGCUCGACAACGUCCUCGUCCGCGUCGGCGAGGCGCCGCUGUCCGGCGCGAGCGUGUGCCCGUGGAGCCCGAACCCCCUCAACGCCACGCGGCUCCCGCCCGUGACGACAGUUCCGCCCUCGGGCUGCCAGCUCGUGCACAUCAACGCCAACGUCUCCGCGGUGUCCAACUGCUCGGGGCUCUGCCUGCCGGACUACUCCGCGAGCGGCAUCGACCUCCGGGUCACGAGCAUCAUCUCGUCCGGCACGGUCGACAUCUCGUUCACCAUCGACGGCCAAUUCCCGGCCGUUGUCGGAGCCGGAUACAUCAUGGAGAUCUCCCUGAACGAGCAGGCGCUGUCCGGGUCGCCGAUCUCGCUGGUCGUCAUCCCCGGCCCCACGUCCGGCCCGAGCAGCGAGGCGUUCAGCGCGCUCACGGCGGAGGUCGGCGUCCCCAAGACGAUUGACUUUGUGGCCCGCGACAAGUACGGCAACGUGCAGACGGCCGCGGGCGACCAGUCCGCGCUCUUCGUCGUCUUGCUGACGCUCAGCGCGCGCGCGAGCGACGGCGCGACGAACGUCGUGUUCGGCUGCACGCAGAACACGGGCUCGCAGAGCUGUUUGCCCAUCACGGUGCAGGCGCUCAGCAACGGCGCGGACGGCCGGUACCGCGCGUCGUUCGAGGUCCGCACGUCCUCGCAGGUCAUCGUGUCGUCCCUCGGCGACGUCGCGUCGGCCUCCUCGUCCACGCCGUCCCGGGAGGACUACCGCCUGGCGUUGCGCUUCUGCCCGACGGCCUCGUGCUCGUCGGCGAACAACUUCUUCAACCCGGCGGCCGGCGGGUUCAACAGCGAGACGCAGGCGUUCAACCCGCUGCCGCUCUUCGUGGCCCCCGGCGACAUCGACGCCCGGCAGUGCAUCGCGUACGGGCCAGACCUCCUGCAGGGGGGGCUGGUGAAUCAGCCCGACAAGGGCAUCCAGACGGUCGCGGUGUUCAUCAUCGAGGCGAGGGACACGUUCGGAAACCGGCAGCUGUCCGGGGGCGCGACGUUCGAGGUCGUGGUGUACACGCCUCGUCGCCAGUUCCCUUUCGUUGCCGUGGACCUGGGCGCGCAGUUCCCCGGGCUGUACAACGCGACGUUCGUGCCGCUCGACGCCGGGCAGUACACCAUUUUGAUCCGGCUCGUGUCGCCCGCGCCCGGGCAGAACGCCGUCGCCACGGGCUUCAUCGCCAACAGCAAGACCUUCUUGGCCUUCUACCGGCAAGUCGACGGCGACCUGUCUCCGCCCGACUCCCACCUCGUUUCCUUCACGGGCAAGCGGCUCACCGCGCUCGAGCCCGUCAAGGCCGGCGACACACUCGACCUGCUGCUGCAAGCGUCCGCGGCGCCUCAGAAGGGGCUCGGAGCCGGGGCGAAGAAGCUGGGCGGCGACGUGGCGGUGCUCUACAUGAUCGCCACCGACACGGGCAUCAACACCACGGUCUUCCUCACGGACUUCUCCGCGGCGCCGCAGCCGCCAUACAAGAUGUCGGGCCGUUACGGCUUGGCCAUUGAUGGCUCGCGGCUGCUGCAGGUCGCGGGGCGCUACCUGCUCGACAUCCAAAUGUGCCCCGGCGCCGAAGGCUCCCAGGCGCUGCCGAUGAGCGAGCGCUCGUGCGCGCCCGGCACGUCCCUGCAGCGCAUCGGCGGUGCUCCGUACGAGCUGAUCGUGACGGGCCGCGCCGUGGACCCGACGCAGUCCUACAUCAUCGAGCUGCGCAACCAGGCGCUGCUGCAGGCCGGCAGCACGCAGGCCGGCACGGUCGUCACCAUGAUGGUCCAAGGAAAGGACAACUUCGGGAACGUGGUGCCAUACGACCCCCUGACGUCGCCCGAGGUGGCCGCGGCGCUCGACGUGACCAUCCUGGGGCUGGCGAACGGCGUGAGGUUCCGCCGCAUCGCCGGCAACUCCGAGGCGCUCGGGGACGGCGAGUACCGUGUGUUCGCGGCGUUCGACGGCCUGAUCAUCAUCCAGUUCCUCAGCAACCUUGCCCAGCGGCUGCGCAUCUCGGCGACGCUGCUGUCGUUCACGCUCCAGGAGCCGACGGUGCUGACGGUCAACGCGGGGCCCGUGGACGUGGCCAACUCGGUCAUCCGCGGCAACCUCCAGGGCGGCAGUGCUGGCGAGACGCAGUUCUUCUCCGUCGUCAGCCAGGACCAGUUCUCGAACCGGGUGCUGCUCGGGGGCACGGACUGGCGCGUGCGCAUGGCGAUCCGCGCGCCGAUCACCGCGCCGGGCGUCGGCGACACCACGCUCACCGCGCAGAGCAAGGUCGUCAAGAACCUCGUCGACGACGGCACGGGGACGCUGGUGGACGCGUUCCAGUCCGUCGGGGCCUUCACGUACCUCGGGGACGUGGUGCUCGAGGUGAGCUCGCAGGUCACGAUCGACGACACCAACGACGGCACGUACGCCGUGCAGUACGUCAGUCAGGUCGCGGGUUCGUACGUGCUCGAGGUGUUCACCGAGCAGGAGGACGCCACCGGGACGAUCCUCACGUCGCGCAUCUGCUCGACGCUCACGGCGCGCGCGGCGUGCCAGCUCCUCGGCACCCUCGACGGGCAGGGCUUCGCGCUCAACUUCACAGCGCUCCCGCCGUCGCCCACGCGGUCCUUCGUGCAGUCCGACGCGGGCCUGCUCACGGCGAGCACGGGCGGCACCGAGGUGCUCCUGCCGAUUGCGGCGCUCGACCAGUACCGCAACCGGCAGACGCAGGGCGGGUUCGUGUUCACGGCGUCGAUGCAGCAUCGCACGCGGGACGUGAAGCUUCUCGGCGCCGUGAUCUUCACGCAGGCCGCGGGGUACGUCGUGCGCUUCCGGCCGCAGGUCGCCGGCACGUACGACCUCUCGAUCAAGCGCCAGGCCCAGGACAUUCUCGGCCGCGUCGACGGCGCGCUGGUCCAGGGCCCGUUUGCGCAUGUCGUGGCCCCAGGUCGCCUCUCGUCCGUCGCCUCCACGGUCACGCACCCGUGGGCGGUCGUCGUGAAUGCGCGCGAGCGCAAGCCGCACCUCGUCUUCGCGACCAUCGCGGGCCAGACCACGACGUUCAACAUCAGCGCGUUUGAUGCGUUUUCGAACCGCAUCACCUCCGGGGGCGAGCCCGUCGUGGUUCAGAUCGGCUCCGUGUUCGACGGCGCCGUGACGGACAACGGGGACGGCACGUACACCGUGCGGUACCGCGUCGUCACCGCAGGGACUUACGACCUCACGAUCUCUUCCAACCAAGAGGUUGUGCGUCUCCCGAGCCGCGCGUUCAACGCUGCACGCUCCGGAUUCGAGCUGGAGGUCCUCCCUGGCAACGCGACCGUGCUGCCCUCGGCGGUCGUCGGCGCCGGCGUCCUCGGCGGCACAGCGGAGUCCCCCCUUGACGUCAUCGUGCGCCCGACCGAUGGGUUCGCCAACAGCAUCGUGCGGUCGCUCGGGCUCUGGCGGUGCGCAGACCAGGUCGCGUACACGCGGCCGGACGGCCUCGGCGACGAGAAGAACUUCCCGACUGCGUUCGAUCAGACCGCAUGCAUUCGCCAGGGCAGCUUCGCGCGCAGGCCAGUGCACCUGGCCGCCGACGUGCACGUCACGCGCCGCAACAGCACCAGCACGCUCCGCGUGCUGUCGUCCGACGAUCGGAACGGCGUGGUGCAGCUCGGCUACCGGCUCGCCGUCAGUGGACUGUACAACAUGACGCUACAGGAUGUGGACACGGGGCGGCAGGUCUUUCCGCCGAACAGCGGCACGCAGACGGUGACGGUCCAGCCGAGCAGCCCCGCGCCGAGCACGACGCUCGUGAGCGGCGGCGUGCUGCAGCCGGGCACGUGUCCGCCAGCGGGGGCGCAGCAGCGCCUCGUGGUGUUCCCGCGCGACGCCGUGGGCAACAACCUCACCGCCGUCCCGGCGUCGCUCAAGCGCGGCAACGCCAUCGCGGUCCGCGGGGCCGUCACGCAGGACGCCGCCACCACGUCCGUGGCACCUUCGGUGGCGUAUACUGACAUCCUGUACCCCGCCAGCCCCGCCGAGGAAGCCGAGUACCGCGCAUUCAACCCCACGGGGCUCCCGCAGUCGGCCCGGCUCGCCGUCACGUUCACGCCCCCGCGGCCCGGACGCUACGCGAUCACCGUGGCGUACGGGGCGCAGCCCGUCCAGGGCUCGCCGUUUGCCUUCGUCGUCGCACCGGCGCUGCUCGGCGCGCUCGCGACGGGCGCCGCCGCGUCGCACCCGCACGCGUGCCGCCCCGGGGCCCGCUGCACCGAGGCGUCCACGCCGUUCUCGGUGUUCCCAGUUGGGAUCACAGCGCGGUGGCGCAUUCGAACCCGCGACGUCUUCGGCAACGACAUCACCGACGCGCACGGCUGCGCCGUCGGGCUGGGCGCGUCCAGCGCGUGCGCCGCCACGGGCACGCAGGACGGCUGCCCGUUCAAGCUGCUUGCGCAGCUGCCGGACGGGUCGCAGGUGUCGAACGUGGCUGGGUACCGCGGCGGGGCGCUGAGCUCCAGCAUCCGCAUCGUCGAGGGCGUCUCGGGGCUGUACGACGUGCUCGUCCCGUUGACGGCCGCUGGGACGUACACGGUGUCGCUUGCGUUCACGUCGGCUUCGGACUCCAGCUUCUCGGCGGUGGCUACGACGGGCCUGACGGUCAACAUCACUUCGGGGACCGUGACCGAGGCCCUGGCCACGCCGUCCGGUGCGCCGACGACGUCGGGACUGGACUCUUUCUUGCUGAAGCCCGCGGCAGUGCUGAACGCCCAGGCAGGCGCUGACAAGUUCGUCGAGCUCCAGACGGCCGCCAAGGCUUGCCGCAGCGGCAGCAACCUCACACCGCUCACGCCCGCGUGCUCGGGGGUCGAGGUGCUCGUCCCGACGGCCACGAAUCCCUCCGGACAGGACCUGACCGGCCUCAUUGCGUUUGCGUCGCCGCUGCUGUCACAGGCGCUGGCGCCGACGAACGCGACGCUCGCGGCGGCGCUGGCGACGACGUUCUCGGCCCCGACCGCCAGCGUCGUGCCCGACGCGGCCACGAACACGGGCCUGUACCGCCUGAACUUCCGCACCGAGCGCUCUGGCAACUUCCGGCUGCAGGCCAUCAUGGGCACGGAGGCCCUCGUCUUCGGCACGUCCAGCAUCAUCAACACCGUCAUCUACCCCGCGGGCGUGUCCGCGGCCAACUCGAUGGCGGUGCCCGUCGGCAGGGGCACUGCGGGCGCGCAGACGUCCGUGCAGGUCAUUCUGCGCGACCGCUUCGGCAACGUGGCCGUCGACCGGCCGUUCGAUCCAUCGCAGGACCGCGCGUCGCUGUCGCUGACGUUCCGGCGCCCCGCGCACCCCUCGGGCCCGUCGCGCCUCACCGUCCCCCAGAUGGAGAGCCUCUCUUCGACGCUCGCGUCCAGGACGAACGCGAACGGCACGAUCACGCUGACGUUCGCGGCGAACGUCGCGGGGCGGUACGACGCCGCAGUGUUCCUCACGGGCCCGUCAACGGCCGACGCGUCCGGGCGGUCGACCCUCGUGGAGAUCCCCGGCAGCCCCAUCGCGAUUGACGUGAAUGCGGCGGCGGCGAGUGCGGCGGAGACGGUCCUGCGCGGCCGCGGCGGAGCCUCCGUGUCGGAGGUGCUGGCGGGCGCGCUCGCGGGCACGGAGCUCGUGCUCGAGAUUGUCACCCGCGACGCAUUUGGCAACCUGGUCACGAACGCGGCGGCGAUCGAGCGCCUGCUGCUCCGGAUCGUCGGCGUCGGCACCAGCUACGACACGUCGGCGACGCUCGCGUCCCUCGGGAACGGCGUGUUCUCCGCUGCGUUCACGCCGCCCGACAUUGGCGUGUAUGAGCUGCGCCUGUUCGUGGGCGGGCAGCUCAAGUCCGCCGGUCCGGGGCUGCCGACGGCCGAGGGUAUCAUUACGCGGAUCCGGACGGAGCCCACGCGCACGACGGCGGUGGGACCGGGCCUUAUUGGGAGCCUGGCGGGCACGCGCUCGACGUUCAUCAUUACGAGCCGGAACAUCUUCGGCAACCCGACGCUGCGCGGCGGCGAGGCAGUGAACGUGACGUACACGCCGACGACCGACGUGAACGCCAACCGCGUCCCGCUCACGGCUGGCGCAGCCACGGUGAUCGACAACUCGCUGCUGCCGGACGUGUCGGGGGCGUUCAACCCGGGAUCGUACAUCGUGUUCUACACCAUCGUCAACUUCGGGACGUACACGCUCGACGUCAAGAUCAACGGGGAACACAUCAAGGGGUCGCCGUACACCAUCGAGAUCUCCCCCGCGCUCCCGCCGACGCAGGGCCGCGCGUCGCUGUCGCCCGUGGGCUCCACGAUGACCGUGCCGUUCACCGGCCUCGGCGGCCGGCCCGUCGAGACGAACCGCGGCGGCAUCACGGGCCUCGUCUCGUGCUCGCGCAUCUUUGACGACGCAUCCGUCGCCAUUCUCGGCAUCGGCCCGCGCUGCUCCUUCGAGACGCCCUCGCAGCUCAAGAUCUACGUGGGCUACUCCGCGACGUUCGCGCUGAACGAAGAGCUCAGGUUCCUGGCCAACGUCAUCUUCACAAAGGAGCUCAACUCCAUCGCCACGGCGGGCACCACCGUGGUGACGCUGCCGCCCGCGGCGCCGUCGCCCGUGGCGAUCGUGCGCGCGCCCGCGCGCCUGUCUGUCUGCGACGACCUCGUCCUGGACGCGUCCGGCUCCUACGGCAGCGCGGGGCGUCCGCUGACCUUCCGCUAUGGCAUGCUGCCCAACCGCCCGAACGAGCUGGCGAUCUCGCGGAUCCUGGACGCGGCGACCGCGGUCGGGACGAACCCGCGCGUGACGAUCCCCGGCGAGCUGCUCGCGGCCGACACGACGUACUCGUUCUUUGUGUCUGUGCACAACUUCUUGAAGCAGUCUACGAUCACGAGCUUCGAGGUCCGGCGGCUCUCGAUCCCGAUCCCGCGCGUGGUCGCCGAGGGCGAUCCGCUCAUCCGCGCGCGCCGCGACCUCGACCUCUUCGUGCGCGCGUCCGUCGCGUUCCCGGACAACAACGAGCCCCGCUGUCAGGUCCCCGACUUCGACAUCGACUUCACGUGGAUGUUCGACACCUCGGUCGACCGCGGGCUCUUCACGUUCCCCAUGGACACGCGCACGCGCAACUCGCGCCAGCUGUUCAUUCCGGCCAACACCCUCCUCCCCGGCGCCACCUACUACCUCAAGGUCGUCGGCAACGUCCAGGGGCAGCCGCAGCUGCGCACCGAGGCGAAGACGGCCAUCCAGGUCGACUACGCGCCGCUGCAGAUCAACCUCGUGUCGCCGUCGAGCGUCGCGGUGUCGCAGACCUUCAGGCUGGACGCCUCCCAGGCCGUGGAUCCGAACGAUCCCACCCCGGACAACCCGCAGCUGCCGUUCGGGCCGUUUUUGUUCGCGUGGAGCUGCAACCCGAUGGACGGCGACACGGUGCUGACGGGACAGGAGUGUUUCGUCGACGAUCGAGGAAUCCUGGUUCCCGACCAGACGCAAAAGUUCGUCUCGAUCCCGGGGGGCACGCUCAGCCCGGGGCGGUACCAGUUCUCCGUCGUGGUCACGAAGGAGCCGCUCACGGACGCCAACGGCAACAACCUCAACCGCGUCGUGCAGAUCCGUAAGGUCGUGGAGGUGUUCCCCACCGCCGACGGCGUCGUCGAGUGCUACCCGGACCUCAAGAUCGAGGCGCUCAGCCGCGCGAUCAUCAACUCGAACGAGAAGCUCGCGCUCAUCGCCGAGGCCAGGCCGCCGACCGGAUGCCCCACGGGCAUCAAUUACCGUUGGGACGUCUUGCAGGGCAUUCUCAACAUCACGGACUACCCCGGGACGCUCGCGACGCCGCGCACGGCGCCGAAGCUCGUGCUGCGGCCGUUCGCGCUGUUCCCGGGCGAGGUGUACGUGAUGCGCGUCGUCGCGACGUCCCCGGCGACCGGUUUGUCGUCGUUUGACGACGUGACCUUCACGGUCAACGGCGCGCCCAGCUCCGGCACGUGCCAGGUGCUCCCGACGCGCGGCGUCGUCGGGCUGACCAACUUCCGCCUCGACUGCGUCGGCUGGGAGGACGACAGCAAGCAGGCCGUCCUCUACGAGCAUCGGUACAUGGACACCAACGGCACGUCGGUGCCGCUCGUGUCCGCCACCGCGGACUCGACCUUCGCCACGAUCAUCCCGCCGAUCGUCGACGCGCCGCAGUCCAUCACGAUCGAGACGUUCGUCCGAGACAACCUCGGCGCCAAAACGCUCACAACAGUGACCAUCCAGGAGCUUGCGCCGCCGCCGUACGCCACGCUCACCGCGGACGUGCUGUGCACGAACUCCAGCGUCGUCGCGUGCCCCUGCACGCUCGUGGCGCCGCCGGGGGGCGGCGUGGCGUCGUGCACGUUCCCCGCCACGGGCCGCAUUGCGUUUGCCGCAAUCCUCUCCGGGCUCCCGCUCGACCAGGCCGCGGGCGCAGGCAACGUGGGCGCGCUGGUCACGACCGUGAAGACGGCCGUGUUCGCGCUGCUCGAGGCGAACGUCGCGGACCCCGUCGACGCGGCGGCCAAGGCGCUGAUUGUGGACCGUCUGAUCAUCAGUGUCCGCGCGGUGUCGCUCCGCCUCAAGUUCACGCGCGAGGAGCUCGACAUGUACGCAGACCUCCUGGGGACCAUUUCGCGGGACCCCCAGCUGCUGCUGAUCCCGGCCAUCCAAAGCACGGUCGAGUCCCUGCUGGCUCUGGCCUUGUCCGAUGCCGUGGCGACGGGCAUCCGGCAGGAGGCCGCCACGGGCCUGCUGAGCUCGAUUUCGUCCUUCGACGACGUCAACCUGAACCAGGCCAUCACGCCGGCGGCUGCGGCGAACCUGACGGCCGCAAACGCCACGACCAAUGCCACGGCUGGUGCGGCGGCGGCGGCGAACGCGACCGCCGGGAACGGCACCGCGGGCGGCGGCCGGCUGCUCUUCACGCGCCGCACGCUGCUCACGGCGGGCGCCCUGCGGCGCUCCGGCGGGCGCUCUCUGCUCGGCGGCCGCCGCGGGCGGCGGUCGCUGCUGCAGCAGUCCACGGCGACGGAGGGCGAGCAGCUCGAGGCCGAGAAGGCCGCGGCGUCGCUCUUCCUGACCGACCAGCUCACGCAGGCCUCGUCCAACGGCCUCGUCGACGGCGAGGACGCCGUGAGCGUCGCUUCAAAGAACGUCGGCUUCCAAGUGCAGGAGCUGAGCAACCCCGCCGGCGACUUCGAGCCCGCGGCGACCGGCGGUCCGACGCCGAAGAUCUCCGUCCCCGGCGGCACGCUGGACUUCGGGACGCGGUCCGUCGGCAUCACCACGACGAACAACGUCAAGAAUCCCUACGACUCGCUGGACAAGGGCGCGACGCCGGUGCAGUCCAGCGUGGUGUCGAUGUCCGUGCGGGCCGGCACGGGCGCGAACCGCGACGUGGUGGACAUCGCGAUCAGCGACCAGCAGAAGCCGAUCAGCAUCCGCGUGCCCACGGCGCUGAGCGGGAGCUCCUGCCGACGCACGGAGGGGGCGUGCCGCUUCUUCGACGAGGCCACGCAGACGUGGUCGGAGAAGGGCCUGUUCAAGAAGGACGCCGGCGACGGCUUCGUCACCUGCGAGACCAUCCACCUGACGGCGUUCGGUGUCGCCGCGGACGACAUAGUUCCGGAGCUCAACCUGGUCAACCCCAUCGGCGACGCGGACCUGCUCACGAAGCUCGACCUCUCGAACGCCCUCGCGCUCAUCGUCGUCGGCAUGCUCCUGGCCGGCUUCUCGGCCAUGAUGAUUUACGGCUACCGCAAGGACCUGAAGGACAGGCACAAGUUGCACCUGCAGCUGAAGAUGACGCUGCUGCAGGGCGGCGAGGAGAAGCCGAACCCCGCGAAGCACGCGCGGCCGACGGUCCCGGAGAACGCCCCCGACGAGCGCGUGGAGGUGGACGUGUGGAAGGACGUGCGCACGGCGGUGCUGGUGGACAACGAGGUCGCGUCGAUCAUCUACACGCGGCCUACGGACCACUACACGCGCCCGCAGCGCCUCCUCGUGCUCCUCUCGAUCAUCCUCGGCCAGAUCGCGAUCGUGGCGGUGUUCUUCGGCAUCGACCCCUCCAACAUCGCCGCCAAGGCGGUGAUCGGCGUGGUGACGUCGCUGGCCGUCGCGCCCGCGCGGUUCAUGUUCAAGUGGGUCUUCCAGCGGUCGUCGUACGUCAAACCCGUGCAGCGCGACCUCAAGCUGCGCCGCUGGCAUCUCGCGCGCGCACAGGGCCGCCCCGUGCAGUGGAGCCUCCGGUUCUACACGUCCGACAUCGCGAUGGCCGGCACGGGCGCGAACGUCUCGAUCACCGUCCACGGCGCGAAGCAGCAGUUCGGCCCCAUCAACAUCAGCAACGGCAAGGGCCUCUUUGAGCGCGGGCAGAUGGAUGAGUUCGCCGUGCAGUUCCCGGACGUCGGCGAGAUCCAGAAGGUCGAGGUCUCGCACGACGGGCGCGGCCUCGGCGCCGGGUGGCACCUCGACCGCGUCGAGCUGGUCCGCCAGGACACUGGCGACGAGUACGAGUUCAAGUGCGGGCACUGGCUGGACACGAAUCAGGACGCCGACGGCGGGUUCGUGUCGCGCGUGCUGCCGCUGCUGCGGAAGCGCGAGGGGCGCGUGCAGCGCGCGUCGCGCGCGGGCGCCGAGGAGGAGGCCCAGAUGCGCCCCCGGGGGAGUGUUCAGUUCGCUGCGCGCGACGAGCCGCGGAAGCCCGGGCGCGGGAAGGCCCGCAGGAGCUCGAUCGUGCCGAUGUCGGACGAUGGCACGCCGGGCACCGGCGUGCGCCCGCUGACCGCGAGCCAGGGCAUCCCGGUUCCGCUGAGUCCCCCCGGGGGACAAUUUGCGUCGCCGCAGGGGUCGCCGAUGCGCGGGCGCGCGCUCGGGGGCCCGCGGACGGCGGCGCUCCUCGCGAACGUCCCCGACGUGCCCAUCCCGCCGCCCCCGACUUCCGGGGUCCCGCGCCCGCGCACGCUGCGCAAUCGCGUCAACGCGCUGCAGGGCGCGAUGCAGGCGACGAGCAUGAUGGUGCGCGGCAACGUGCCGGCGCCGUCCUCCGGGACGCCGCGGCCGUUCCGCGGCCGCCUGGCGCGGCUGCAGUCGGCCCAGCGCGGCCUGCUGCCCGUGCAAAGCUCGGUGAACUACGCGCGCUCGCCGACGGGCGCGGCGAGCGUGCGGCGGCUGCUGCAGGGCGUCGACGGCAGCGGGACGGUCCAGAAUGUGCCGUACCACAUCCUGCACGCGACGGUCACCAUCCAGCGCCGCUGGCGGCACCACAUGGCCAUGCAGCACCUCAAGCGGUCCGAGGCGGCGACAAAGAUCCAGGCGGCGUGGCGCGGCGAGAUGACGCGCAGAAUCAUCCGCGACGAGGCGCGCGGCAUCAAGAUCAUCGAGGACCAGCGCGAGCGCGCGCGCGCAGGGCCGUCGGCACGCGCCAGCGCCGACGUACCUGCGCCCUACGCCGGCGCCUCCGUCCGCGACUGGCUCGGCGCGGCCGCGAACCAGCGCGCUGGCGCGCACUCGGGCGGCGGCUCCAGGAGCGGCGGCGCGGAGGCCGGGCCCGUCUCGCGCGCCGCGCGGCAGCAGGAAUACCGUCGCAAGCUGCGCGAGGCCCGCCGCGCACACCGCCGCAAGGUGAUGCAGGAGCGGCUGCGCGCCAAGGGGUUCCCGCGCUGGGUCAUGUGGAUCGGCUACACGCUGUGCGCGGUGUGGAUCGCCGCGUGCUCGUACUUCAUCAUCCUCUACGGCGUGGCCUUCCCGCCGGCAGUGUCCCGGGCAUGGAUCUUCAGCAGCCUGUUCUCGGUGUUCCUCGAGCUGUUCAUCCAGGACCCGAUCAAGGUCGCGGUCCUCGGGUUCGUCAAGGCGAGGCUGCUGAAGAAGCUCCCGGGCAAGAAGUGA